AUGCCGCCAAAGGGAAAGAAGAAUGAAGAGUCGACACGCACGUACUUAGGUCGUCCAGGUAACAACGUUAAGAUCGGUAUUGUGGGUGUCCCCAAUGUGGGCAAAAGCACGUUCUUCAAUUGUCUAUCAAAGUUGCACAUUCCAGCUGAAAACUUUCCAUUUUGCACGAUUGACCCCAAUGAUGCUGUGGUGCCACUGCCCGACCAGCGUUUCAAUUGGCUCGUGAACAAGUAUCAGCCCACUAGCGUCGUGCCGCCCGUGAUCUCUAUUACGGACAUUGCUGGUCUCGUCCGUGGUGCUGCUGAAGGUGCCGGUCUGGGAAACGCUUUCUUGUCGCAUAUCCAGGCCGUGGAUGCCAUUUACCAUAUGGUGCGUGCUUUUGACUCGACCGAAGUGACUCACGUCGAGGGCAACGUGGACCCUGUGCGGGACAUGAAGAUCAUCCAGGAAGAGCUGCGUCUUAAGGACAUUGAACGCGUCAAGAAGGAAUCGUUGGGUGUCAAAAAGCUUGCGGAGCGUGGUGUUGGUGGCAAGGAAAAGAAGCUUGAGUACGAGGCUUUGUGCAAGAUUCUGGAGUGGCUUGAGUCCGGCAAGGACGUCUCUUUCGGCACAUGGACCGCCCAGGAGGUAGAUAUCCUGAAUUCUAUGCAGUUGUUGACGGCUAAGCCUGUUGUCUAUCUCAUCAACGUGAGCAAGCGCGACUACCUGCGCAAGGGUAACAAAUACUUGCCCAAGAUUGCUGAGUACGUCAAGGAGCGCGGUGGCAACGAGCCCGUGCUUCCUCUUAGUUGUGAGUUUGAGCUCGAGCUGCUGGACCUCGAGGCUGCUGGCCAGCUCGAGACGUACUUCAAGGAGAACCCGACACACAAGUCGGUCCUCAAUCGCGUGCUCCGUAUGGGAUACCAGGCUCUCAGUCUGAUCCACUUCUUUACGGCUGGUAAGGACGAAGUGCGUGGAUGGACUAUCCGUAAAGGACGAAUGGCACCCCAGGCUGCUGGUGUGAUCCAUACAGAUUUUGAAAAGGGCUUCAUCAUGGCCGAAGUCCAGGCUUUUGCUGAUCUGAAAGAGCUGGGCACGGAAGAGGCUGUCAAGAAGGCUGGCAAGCUCAAACAGCAGGGCAAGAAGUACGAGGUGCAAGACGGCGACAUUAUUUUCUUCAAGUUCAACAACUAG